CGUAGAAAGGGCCGUGCCAGCUGCUCGAGGACGCCGUGAAAGUAAACUCGUACUUCGAUCAGAUGCAAAACUGAUGCGACUCCCGCAUCACAUUACGAGAUUGUGUUGCUUGAACCGCUGCAAGGACGACAAGCAACUCACGCCGAUGUCGCCAGCCUACGAAAAGUGCCCAAACGAAGCAGAAAGCUCGUGGGAACUUGUUCGUUAGCGGGGAGAAAAUGCAGACGCCCUCGUUGUUUAGAACACGUAGCUUUCUGUUAGCUGUACUUCUAGCUUUUCUCGACAAGCCAGCAAAGUGCCUUGACAAUGGACUGGCAUUAACUCCGCCGAUGGGAUGGAUGUCGUGGGAGAGAUUUCGGUGUAACGUCGACUGCUACAAGGAUCCAGACAACUGUUUAAGCGAGAAGCUGUUCAUGAAGAUGGCAGAUCACCUUGCUGACGAUGGAUAUCGAGAUGCGGGAUACGUUUACCUCGUCAUCGACGAUUGCUGGUCCGAACGACAACGAACUAACGACGGCUACCUGAUGGCCGAUUUGGAAAGAUUCCCCCGGGGGUUAAACUUUCUGUCAGACUACAUUCACAGUAAAGGUCUGAAGUUCGGUAUGUAUACAAACUACGGUCAUUCCACUUGCAUGGGUUUUCCUGGCACCGAGGAUCACGACAUGGAGAAAGAUGCUGAGAGGUUUGCCUCGUGGAAAAUAGACUACCUCAAGGUAGACGGUUGUCAUACCACGGCGAAGCAGCAGAGUAAAGGUUACACAAGGUUUUCCGAGUACCUGAACAAGACGAACCGCCCUAUAGUGUAUUCCUGCAGCUGGCCUUAUUAUGAUUUGUUCCUUAACAAAGUUGAGCCAAACUUUCCUCAGCUGGAGAAAGACUGCAAUCUGUGGAGGAACUACCAUGACAUACGUGACAACUGGUUCAUGAUUGAGUCGGUUAUAAAUUUUUUCGGAGACAACCAGGAAGUCUUUGCCAAGUACGCUGGUCCAGGUCAUUGGAAUGACGCAGAUAUGCUUAUGAUAGGAAACUUCAGGCUGACACAGGAGCAAGCUGAGGUGCAGAUGGCACUGUGGGCUAUCCUUGCCAGUCCUCUGCUGAUGUCAAAUGACCUAAGGAAGAUCCCAGAGGCGGCUAAGAAACUGUUGCAGCAUAAGGAAAUAAUUGCCAUAAACCAGGACCCACUUGGCAUUCAAGGCAAACGAGUCUUCAUGGACAAGGAUGCCAGUGUCUGGAUGAGGCCCAUAACCCCUCUGGUAGAUGGCAUGCACUCGUAUGCCAUUGCCGUUGUCAACCACAACAGGUCGUACUCUGCGCAAGUGUGGCUGCCACUGGAUCAGCUUGGCUUGAACCACACGAAGGGCUACCAGUUCCGCAACGUCAUCACCAUGCAGGACCUUGGCACCUACUUUCCUCACAACCGGCAUGAAACGGGCGUUCAAUCCACGGGCGUUGUCCUGCUCAAGGCUGUGCCUAACAGAGGUUGAAGAGCAUUGGCGUAUCAUGGCGUACUACAGGGUGUGCAAGGUUUUGUUAUUGCAUUUCUCACGCGUUGAAGGCGGCCACCACGUCAGAAAAGCUGUGUGUUAUAGGAACUUUCAACGACUCUGUGCUCAUCCGCAUUCUUUUUCAUCUGCCUGAACUUGGGUCAACUUCGUGAAGUCGGCAAGGGGAGGCAGUGUGGCCUUGAUGCAAGAGACUGUUGUGUUGUUAUCGUUGUUGCGAGAACAUAACAUUUCAUUUUUUGUAAAUAGUGUUGACCACGUCCAAGUCCACUCUACGUUGUCUUACGGAGGGGCUCGGCUGUUCUUUGUGUACAGACUUCUUCACUUUGUCCAUUGUAUAGUUGUUACUGUAUGUCGGCGACUUCUACAAAGCUCAGUGCCUUAAGAAUUAUUCACAGUGUAUCCUUUAUGGAAUUGUAAACCAGCUUUCUCAAUGCAUUUUGUGUGCUGUAUUGACUCUUUAAACUGUUCCAAUGACUCUAAAACAUUGAAGUUCAAUCUGUUAUUUGCCGCUGUGCCUCAUCAAAGCACAUUCAGUGCUUGCAUCUGGCUGCUAGCUAAAGUGCAUACUUUUGUCAUCUAUUUUUGAUGCCGUCUUGACUUCCACUGUUUUAAUUGAAUUAUGGAAGUAUCUCUAACGCAGCAACCAAAAGCUACGAUCAUGUAGGUUCCAAAGCUUUCAGAUAUCACCAGAAUUCAUUAUUAGUGAUGCAUACAGCCUGGCUUUUGUAAAAGGACACAGUGCUUCAAAACGUCGUUUUCUUUUUUCUUUUAAGUGGUGCAUUUUCCUCCAAUAAGGAGAGAAGCAGCAGAAGAAAGGGAACAGCAGUACAACUGCACGAGGUUUGCGCAUCCAGCUGUGAUAGCGGGUGCCAUUUCAUUUCGCGCCAUAGGCGACUGGUACUUUCAAGGCACAUUCACAACAUGCCUGGCUACAUGGUGUGUAUAGUGUUCUAUCUAAAGCCCCAAUUCUGGUAAUCAAAAGGACAUCGAGGGCCUUUCUGUGUUGCUUAUCUGGGGCUGUAUUCAGAGAAUCGGUUUCAGGUAUGGUAUCACUUUCAUGAGAUUUCUCAGGACUCGAUCCGAAGGAACCAGUAAGAGCUUCGGAAGGGUGCAAACAAGAGUUCCAAGGCUUGGCUUUCAUUACAGCACAAUAUUUAGGACCCCAACGAAGCGCCUACAUGGAACAUGUUUUCCUAUGCAUUUUUAUUAUGGUGUCACCCAGUGCUGGAAUGAAGUCACUCCUGCAAUGACUGCGCUAAAUACAACUCACAAUGCAAUAUUUUACAAUAGAUUAGCUAUGUCAACAUGCCCAUGACAGUGUCUGUAGAUUAUGAAACCAGACUGCUAGGCUAUACAGUGUUGUUGACAUUUCCAUAAUUGGCAUUAUGCAAACAUGCCCAUGACAGUGUCUGUAGAUUUUGAAACAUGACUGCCAGGCAGUUAUGCAGUUUCAUUUACAUUUACAUAAUUUGCAUAUAUAACUUGAUGUUAUAGGAAGGUCCAAGGUCAAGACUGGUCGGUACAGUUUCGGUGAAAUGUGCCGCUAGAAUUGUAGAAGAUGCAAAAGCUGCACUUUGCCUCCCACGUUUUCCUCGCUUUCACUGUAUUAGUACUAUCAUAUCAAAGUUUGCACACUUCAUUCGACAAGGUCUUCACUGUUUACUGCUUCCUAAACCCUUCUGCCAAAAGUAGUGCAUCGCAUUUACCAUAGCUGUCAUCGGGGCAACAUUUCCUGUGCACAACAUUUGUACCUGUAAGCUAUUCAUUUCCGUUACUGCAACAAAAAAACAAAACAAUUUUUUUCUAUGCACAUGCAGUUAUUCGUGCCUUGUGCUACAUUAACCUAUGCAGAGAACAGGCUACUGUGAUAUUUUAGAGUGCAUUCAAAGGGCCAACCAGGAUCUGUAUGAAUCUUUGGAGUCUAUAUUUACAAUGUCUACUCGAGACAACCUUCUCAUUUUUUUUAGCGUGUUGGCAUGCACGUGUCUUCUUGCUCUUCGUCAAUGUGUUUGUAUUCUUUGUACCGAAUUGCACAUUGUCACAAAAGUAUUUCAAGCACUUUAGAUGUACAUUCAAUGUAGCACAGAUGAUGUACUGGUUGGUGUGUUGACACUUAUUGAUGGCAUAUUCAUGAGCAACAUGUGUGCAUUUAUUUGGAACCGUUGAUCGGCAAGUUCAAUCUCUAGCCUUUAUCUAUGCUCAUUGUCUUGAGACCAGCAAUGGUGCCAAUCUUGUGAAAACAUUGUGUGAAUGUUGCAAAAAUAUAUGAACAGUGAACAAUCUAUCUCUGGAGCCUGAAGCCCGAUGAUGUUAUGUGCUCCCAAUGAAAUCGUUGGCUCUUGGCCAAGAAUUAAAGGCCUUCCUGUAGCCCUUUUGUCUUGCUUUUAGGCAUGUGAUGGACUAAUCUUUAUCUCAAAGCACUUUAACAGAGUUGCCGUUCAGGGAGCAUUUAAAUUUACAAACCCUGUCGCUGUGAAAAGUGCUGGUAAUAUAAUUCCAAUGUAUUUUAACUGCUCACUUACAUAAUCGAUACAAGUCUCAUGGCACUCUGCUACUGUUCCACUGUUGCAUAGUAGUGAAUGUGGCAGUGGGAGAGGACAUAGAAAAUAUAACGGCAUUGGAGAUGUGCAACUUAUCGAUUGCAUUCCCAAUAGAUCUGCUAUGUAAAUUACUGUAGCAUACCAAAGCAAAGUUCUUUAUGUGAACUUCAGUUCAGACUUUUCCGCAUGUUACGUUUGACCAACACCACAGUGUGCCGGUUCAUGUUAUGCCCGACCAACAAGCCCAAUGCACAAUGCAAUGUGUUAGGAGCCACAAAAGUGACCUUACUUCUGUGCAAUUUCUUCAUUAAAGUAUUUUACAACUUC